CGUUGGAUGUUUUACUCUAGAAUCGAACGGUUGAGAUGGUUUUCAGGCAUUUCGAGAUUUGUAUAAGAAGCAGAGCCAUGGGAGAGGGCAGCGGACGCGUUCACUGACUAGAGCAGAGCAGUAUACUAUCAGGAGAGAACGAUCUCGAUCUGAACAAGGAAAUCAGGUUUUAUACGAUGGCAAAUCCAAGGGUUUUCUUUGAAAUGGCCGUCGGCGGUGCACCGGCGGGCCGAAUCGUGAUGGAGCUGUAUGCUGACGUGACACCGAAGACCGCAGAGAACUUCAGGGCACUCUGCACUGGUGAGAAGGGUACUGGCAAGUCAGGCAAGCCCCUUCACUUCAAGGGCUCCUCCUUCCACCGGGUCAUCCCUGGCUUUAUGUGCCAGGGCGGUGACUUUACUGCUGGAAAUGGCACCGGCGGUGAGUCCAUUUACGGUUCAAAGUUCCCUGACGAGAACUUCCAGAAGAGGCACACUGGCCCUGGUAUCCUGUCCAUGGCUAACGCUGGGAAGAACACCAACGGCUCCCAGUUCUUCAUCUGCACCGCCAAGACUGAGUGGCUCGACGGCAAACAUGUCGUCUUUGGCCAGAUCGUCGACGGGAUGGACGUCGUCCGCGCCAUUGAGCGCGUCGGCUCCUCCAGCGGGCGCACCUCCAAGCCUGUUGUCAUCCAAGAUUGUGGUCAGCUUUAAAUGCCCUCUUAUAUUAGGGUUUCGGAUUUAAAUGCCCUCUUAUGUUUGGUUUUUAGCUUUAAAUGCCCUCUUAUGUUAGGGUUUCCUGCAAUUCCUUUUUAAUGCCCUUCUAAGUUGCCCUCUUCUAAGUUGCCUAGGGUUUGGUCAAGUUUAAUGACGUUUACCGAUAAAAUUAAGUAAUAGUAAUUUUAAAACAAAUGUAUGGUUAAAGAUUCUCUUGCCUUUGGAUGAUUUUCGUAGGCAAUGCUAACGUGUUGUUUGCCAUAUUUUUAGCCGAGUAAUAACAUGCUUAUGUGUGUGGUCUUUUUUUA